AAUUCUGCAAAUUUGAUUAUGUAUCUUUAGAAAAUUCUUAAUAUUCAGGAUAUUGAAAGAUGUUUCAGAAUGUUGCAUAGUACUUCUGAUCGAAAAACUUCAUCUUACUCUGGAAUAUUAAGAAUUUUCUAAAGAUACAUAACCAAUUUUGCAGAAUUUCGGCUAGUUUUAGGAUAAAUCAAGGCAUCUGUCAGUUCUAGUCUUCAAAAUGACAGCCAGAAAGACAAGUUGCACUUCAGUAUCAAAGAACUUGUUGAAAGCAACAACAAAAUAUUGGCCUUUAAUAGGCCAAUAAAAACUGACAUUUCAAAUAUUUGUGACCCCUUACAGCCGGAUGUUACCAAAAGGCAACAUCUCCCUUUUUCUCCCAAUGGCGUGCCGAAGAAAUUCGGUUUACUGAUACAAUAGAUAAAGUAUCCCUAAGCCAAAAUUAAUCGCUCUUUGACUCAAAAGUAGAAUCUAUAGGAAUCCGAGAAAUUAAUCAUUUCUGUUUGGGCGCUCUUUUGGCACAAAGCAAGAGACCCCAACUAUUUCUUUAAGAAAAGGUGUUAUUUUUCUUGAGCCUCAAUAAAAAUGUGCUAAAAUGUAUGAAAAAAAUUAUUGAAACGUCAAAAUAGCUCUGUGCCACCAUUCUCAAUCAAAUCAUAAAUAAAUACUGAUUCUAUGUGUCCAAAAGGCAACGUCCGGCGGGAAAGGGUUAAGCUCCCCAUACAUACUGACUAACCACAUACACAUACUAGUCACAAGAACUAUUUAGUGUAUGUCAACUAUGUAGUCAAUUUGUUAUCGGAUGGGUGGUCCGAGACAAAACAGCCGUUAGUGACUUGUCCAAGGUCAUUCUAUGACUGAUGGAGCCGAGGUUUAAACACGAUAUCUUGUGGAUAUGUGCCAAACAUCUUAACCCAAGUGGGAAAGUGCUGGCAACCAGCACCUGUUCAGCACCUCAGCACCUGUUCGACACCUACGGCACCUUCAGCACCUUUAAGCACUGACCCACUAUCUUAAAUGGUUUUUCAGCAACGUACGGUAAAAUUUGGUGUCUAGGCUCUGCUCUUUAAAUUUUAUCGGAACGUGCUGAAAAACCAUUUAAGAUAGUGGGUCAGUGCUUAAAGGUGCUGAAGGUGCCGAAGGUGCUGAAGGUGCCGAAGGUGCUGAAGGUGCCGAAGGUGCUCAUAGAAAAAUGUGCUAA